AUAUGAAAAGGCCUUGGUCCAUACUAUCUACCAUUUCACUAAGUUCUUUAACUAUGGAACACUCUGAAUACACCAAUGGCAUUGAGCACAGUUUAUGUUACAAAAUAGUGUUCAACAAUUCAAAACGAUUGGUUGACAGAGGUGUACAGAUGAUUUUGAUAUGCUACCUAUCAGGCAGGUCUCCAGCUACAUUCUAUGGGCAAGCGUCAAGAAGAGGUUUGAAAAAAUUGAAGAGUCCAAAGUGUUCUACACAAGCCAAAAAGUACAGCCUUCCAAUAUUUCAUCACUAUUUAAUUGUUAUCGCCAGUUUAAUGGUAGAAAAUGAAUUAUCAUUUCAGACAUGGCUUGUAUCUUUAAAUAUGUUGAAAACAUGCUGUAGAUAGUGAAGAAAGAUAGAGAUAGAAAAGUAUUGUCAUUCCUUUAGUGCGGAAAGAGAAAGUCGUUACUUGAUGCUCCAC